UUUACUCCAUGUCACCCUCAACCAUUCACGUUUCAGCAAGCUAUCUCCUUUGACCCCGAAGUUUCUGCCGAUGAGAUCAGUCGUCUUCAAAACUCCAUCUCCCAUCUAAAACGCACGCAAGAAGAACUCCAGGAAUAUGCAGAUGACCCAGACGUUGCACAGGCAAUCAAAGAAAACAACCAGACGCUGUCAAUCGGGACAUGCGUUCACAGAGCAUCGCAAGAUGAGCGAAUAUUCAUGCUCAAGUUAGCGCUCACUCAGCGCGGAGCGUCGAAUGCUACCAGCGCUCAUUAUGACCUUCCUCCUGAACCGGAACCUGAAAGC